AUGCUUCUGUGCAUAUUCAUUAAAUUUGUCACUAAUGUUAAAACUGUUUGUGUUGUAGCGACCGUUUUAAUCAAAAGAAAGCAGUCUAAAUAUAGUGAAUCGCCGACUGCAAAGAGACAGGCAAUGUCAGCCUCUAGUUUGGUUGAGAGGAAUGCGCAGGUUCCACUGCCAUCGAUGCCCCAGCAGUACCAACACAUGCAAGGGGUUAAACUUGAACCACAAGAAGUAGGUGCUGCGCUGGCUUACCCAAACAUGAGUCCGCAGAGGCAAAACGUGAGCCACUCGCCGCAGCCGGCAAUGCCUCUGCUGCAGCAGCAGCCUUUCAACGCCGCCCAUCAAAUGCCGCAGCUUUUCGUCGCACCGCAGCCCCAAGAGCGCUUCAGUCCGAACAUUUCGUUCAACCUGAACGCGCAGACGUUCCCAUCGACGUCACAGGCGACCUUUGGACAGCCGCAGGCGCAGUACGUGCAAGCCGGCGGCAUUCUAUUCAACAGCCAACAACAGGCGCAGCAGGCGCUGCUGAACAAUCUUAGCGCCGCCGCCGCUGCCGGCCCAAGCACUGUGGUGAUCGCUGACCUCGACAAACAAAAUUUUUUUGAUGAAAACAUUUCGGAGAACCUUUCAGGCCAGUUGAGAUUAUGCGGCAUCAAUUCGAAUGAUCCGGGCGAACCAAUUUCGGUGGAAAACAUGUCCACUGAUAGCUUCUGCAAGAAUUACUUGUAGGUCAUACCUGCUUCUUCGUAUUAUCUUAUUUUUUUAUUAAUUUCGUAGUAGUACAAACUUAAAGUGGUUUCCUUUGAAAACCUUUUCUAUAUCGUUAUCAGUGUUGUGGGCCACCAUUUGAAAAAAAAAACACCUGUGAUUUAUACUUUUUCGGAAGUAGAAUUCUUCUUUGUUUAAAUUUAUGCUUAAACUUGCCAGAUCAGCAUUAAUAAUUGAUUUUUCACUUUUAAAUGACCGAGUCUGCAGAGAUAUUUAGUCCAACUGAUGCUGGAUCAAAUUUUCUUAUAUCUGUGCUGUUGUAGUGUCGCUACUUUUUAUUGCUAUGAUAUGUUUCAUUUCUUCAGUACCAAAAAUGCUUUUAAAGUUUAUUGUUUGUUAUAAGAAAUCUUGGAUUUUCGUGCGUGAAAAUCACCAAAAGAUGUUCUCAAAAUUAUUACUUGUUAAUAAUACUCUUAUUGUGCUCUAUCAUAAGAUUUUAUCGUAGUGUUUGGAGUAAUUUAUAUUUGUACAAGAUAUUUUUACAAAUAUUAAAUUGCAUGUUCGUCACUGUGAAAGUCAAACUUAAAGGUGGUAAGGAAGAAAAUAUUUUCAAAAAUAAAAUUUUUAUCAACACUUUAAACAA